AUGACCAAGGUGGAAGAUCCGACAGAGUACCCUAAAGCCUAUGAUUGUAACACAGUAGUUGCUGUGAAGGUAUUGAACCUUCAGCAACGAGGAGCUUCUAAAAGUUUUGCAGCUGAAUGCGAGACCUUGAAAAACAUUCGGCAUCGAAAUCUUCUCAAGAUAUUGACAGUCUGCUCAAGUAUAGAUUUUGAAAGGAAGGAAUUCAAUGCGCUAGUUUAUGAGUUCAUGCCCAAUGGGAAUCUCGACGAAUGGUUGCAUCCAAGAAUUGCUCAGAUCAAGCCUCUAAACCUUAUUCAGAGAUUAAACAUAGCGAUCAAUGUAGCUGCUGCCUUGGAAUAUCUUCAUUUUGAUUGCGAAAUACCAAUCAUUCAUUGUGAUCUAAAGCCAAGCAAUGUGCUUCUUGACAAAGAUAUGACUGCCCAUGUUGGUGAUUUUGGACUUUCACAAUUUCUUUCUGAAAAAUCCAAUAUUUCCUCCAACGAUCAAAGCAUAUCAAUUGGGAUAAAAGGAUCUAUUGGGUAUGUUCCACCAGAGUAUGGUAUGGGUGCCCAAGUGUCCAUACUUGGUGAUGUAUACAGCUAUGGGAUCCUGUUACUGGAGAUGUUUACAGGCAAAAGCCCAACUGAUGAUACGUUUAAAGAUGGUCAAAGCCUCCAUGAAUUUGCUGCAGCAGCGUUGCCUGGACGAGUGAUAGAGAUUGCAGAUCCUCAAUUGUUCUUGGAAGAAGAGGGACUGAAAGAAGAGGAGGGUAGAAAAGAAAUAGACGAAUUGCCUAAAAUCCAUAACUGCAAUGCUGGAGAAAUAAUCACUAAAAGCUUGAUUUCAAUCAUUCAAAUUGGCCUCUCAUGUUCUGCUCUAUCACCGAGAAAUCGGAUUACAAUGAAGGAGGUCAGACACAAGUUGCAUCCUAUUAGAGAUUCGAUUCUUCGGUUCGAAAAUCGAAAUCGAAACAAAUGGAAAAUGUAGAAUUAUAUUUUAACAUACAAAAGAAAGAAUAAAA